GCAGUGCACAUGGCAAUGAGCGAUGUCCGGUACAAGCUGCUUGGUGGUGGACAGUACCCAUCCGAGUGUGAUGAGGAUGCCCCAGUCCCUCCUGCCCUUCCAGUUCCAUUCUGUCGUUGUGAACCGGGCAAUCAGCUGGCAGAGGUGAAGCAAUCGAGGCAUCCCAAGACGGCCGGUAGAGCAUUCUACAUAUGCAAGUGGAAUGAUUCAUUGAAUCCUUGCCACUGCUUUUUCUUUCAGUGGAUCGAUGGUCCGGAUAAGUUCGAUCAUAGAAUUCGGCUGUUCCCUUAUUAUCGGUCAGAGUCGUGGGCGUACAAUGAGUUUAGACGAUGGGUCCCUCCCCCAACAAAUCCACCACCUAUGACAGAGGAAGAGAAGCAAGAAGCUGCUAUAUAUCGUGUGAACAAUCCUCCCAAAUGUCAUUGCGGUGUUCGUGCCAAACUUCAAAGGCCUAAUAUUGGUGUCCCUCCAAAGUUCACUCCCUUUUUUAGAUGCUCGCUAAAGACUAGAGAUGGAUGGCCGGCAUGUGACUUCAAUGAGUAUAUUUAUGGUCCUAGAUCUCAUUGGCCGACAGAAGAGGAAAUGCAAGAAUUUGAGAGUGGGAAGAAGCCAUGGCCAUGUACAACUACUCCUAGUCUUCGAUGCAAGUGUGGUAUUCUGGCCACAAAAGGCGUAGUUCCUUCUGAGCUUGGCUACGGAUAUUACUGUGGCAAUAGCUACGGAGACUAUUGGGUUCGUAUAUUAACCACAAAGUUGAAACUCCUUAUGAUUCUGUCAUUGUGCUAGUAUUUGGUAUAUUAA